AACGUCAAUAAAACAGGAGACAGCGCAUCGGCUCUAGGCUUAAGUGGACCUGGAGUAUUGAAAACUCCAGAACUGAACAAAGGAGGACAAGAUCAAGAGAGUGGAUUUUUGUUCGAAGCUGCAUCUUCGAAGAAUACUGACAAUAAAGAGACGAUCAAUAUAAUUGGUGCUCGAGGAGGUGGAGGAGGGGCGAAGAUGAGUAG